GUCAAACCGGAUCACUUAUUUUAUUUUAAUUUGUUGUUGAUGAGAGUCGAAUAGAAGCCGCCAAUACAAAAACAUUUAUUUGUACGAGAAGACGAAAAUUCUAUUUUGCACAAAAACAUCGAACCAUUCCUGUCCAGAACAAUGUUUUAUCACAUCUCGCUCGAACAUGAAAUUUUGCUGCAUCCCAAAUAUUUUGGACCCCAACUGAUGGAAACAGUGAAGCAGAAACUUUACACAGAAGUUGAGGGCACCUGCACGGGAAAAUAUGGAUUUGUCAUAGCAGUGACUACAAUUGAUCAGAUCGGUUCCGGCAUAAUACAGCCAGGACAGGGCUUCGUCGUGUAUCCUGUCAAAUAUAAGGCAAUCGUUUUCCGACCAUUUAAAGGUGAAGUACUCGAUGCAGUCGUCACACAGGUCAAUAAGGUGGGAAUGUUUGCAGAAAUCGGUCCUCUGUCUUGCUUUAUAUCGCAUCAUUCCAUACCAGCUGAUAUGCAGUUCUGUCCGAAUGGAAAUCCGCCCUGUUACAAGUCGAAAGAAGAGGAAGUGGUUAUUGCUCCAGAAGACAAGAUUCGACUCAAAAUUGUGGGUACAAGAGUAGACGCCACUGGAAUCUUCGCUAUCGGUACUCUUAUGGACGAUUAUUUGGGUCUCGUUUGCAGUUAGGUCGAAAGUUGAAAUAAAAUGCGUUGUAAGUCAGA